AUGAAAAAUCCCGACGAUCUGCUCGGAACUGACAACUACUUUCAUUGGCAAUUUAAUAUGAAGAUGACACUUGCGAAGAAGGACCUGCUGGAGCACAUCUUGGAACUGAAGUUGGAGCAGGAGAUGACGGAGGAUUAG